AUUUGUCGUUCUUGAAGGUGUCGGAAUACGAUUUGCGCCCGUUUUCCUGCGGGAACGACGCACGUAGGACCUGGAGGCCGUAAAGGAAGCACUCGGCAUUUUCGCGUUCACUUUCGAACACUUUUUCCCCGAAUUUUCCAACUCCUAAACAAAGAAAACACUGACACUGGGACGGGCAGCCAUUUUCAACAUCAAUUGAACCAGCAGGGCAGAAGAAGGACACUACACGGAUUUGAAACGCGCAAGACGACCUCUCUCUCACUCGACCAAUCACCUUUCACCUUUCCCGGGCACGUGACCGAAAGUGAACCUCAAAAAAUGGACCUCGAUUUCUUCAAGGCGAUUUUGGAUUGUUUAAUUUCAGUGGGAAUUUGCUUUUUAUUGUCUGUUACUUAUUUGGCCAGUUUGCACAUUUGGAACAGUCCCUAUAACAGGGAUCAUCCGUCGACAAUCAAGAAACGGUUCACAAGUGUAUUUUUUAUGCUUUUUAUUGCACCAUGUUUCCUUUAUGCUGGAUUGAACAAGUCGAUUUUGGAAGAGGCCUCACUUCUAGAAAUCCUAGGCUUAAGAACCAAAGGCCUGCUCCAAGCAAUCUUCAUGCCCUUAUUUCUGACGAUGAUCCUGUUCCUGGGUCCCAUAUCGAUGGAACUGUAUAGCGGAUUAUACAAACUGUACACAGAAGAGUCUUAUUGGUACAGGAACUUGACAAAUCUUAUAUGGAUCCGCAAUCACAUUGUGGCACCGUUUUCCGAAGAGUUUACUUACAGAAGCUGUAUGUUGCCUUUAUUGUUGCAAUGCUUACCACCUGUUACGGCUGUGCUGGUUAAUCCUUUAUUUUUUGGUGUUGCACAUUUUCAUCAUAUGCAAGAAAGAUUGAAAUUUGGAAUGGAUGUUAAAACAGCUUUAAAAAUAUCCUGUUUUCAAUUCACUUACACGACGAUCUUUGGCACAUAUUCAGCCUACAUUUUCUACAGAACGGGGCAUUUUCUAUCAAUUUUCAUAAUGCACGCGUUCUGUAAUCACAUGGGUUUUCCCGAUAUUAUGGAAGUGACCACUUACAAAAAAAGCAAGAAAAUAAUCAUUUCCGGCUUAUUUGUUUUGGGCUUUAUCGCUUGGUGCUUUUUAUUGAAGCCUCUCACUGAGCCUGCAUGGUAUUACCAUUCGCCUACUUGGUAUAAUGUAUAAGGGCUUUACUUAUAUGGUCUACUGAAAUUUUGUAGAUUCAAUAGGUAUUAUUUAAAACUAAUAAACAUUUUUGAAUUGUUGGAAAACAUUAAGCUUUUAAAUGACAAGGGAUGGUAAAUUCUCCAAAUUAGAGUCAGUGUAUUAUAUGUAUAUUGAUAAUCUUAUAGAGUAUGAUCAUUCUUUAACUAGUGUCUCAUAUCAGUAUCCUUGCCAAAAAAUUUUUAGGAAAUCCUAAUAAAUAAGCAGGAUCCUCAAAAUAUCAUUAGGAUAUUUGAAAAAAAAAGACUGAUCCUUUUACUGGUAUCUUAUUGUUAACAAUUUUAAAUGUGAUAAUAAAAAUAACUUGCAUUAGUCCUUUGUUUUUUUUUUUACUUUCCAUGAAAUUAAGGCAAUAACAAACAUAAUAUAAUCAAUUUUAUUUAUUUUAAAUACCAAAAAUAAGAUUAAAUAAUUUCUAACAAUAAUAACUGUAACAAAAUAUAAAUAUUGUUUGUUGUUGUUGCAGUACUUAUCUAUAUUUAAAUAGGUGUAGCAACACAAAACAACAACUAAAUAAAUGUGUUUAUAAUUUAAAAAUUCCUCUUGAUAACGCCAACAAACCAUUCAACAAAUCCUCAAUAAUACAAUUAUCAUCGUUACCGUCAUUGCACAUAAAAUCAAGUUUUCGCUCCCAUCAGGUCGAACUGCUGCUCCGGUCGCUGUCGUGGUGCAAUUGCUGAUUCAAAAAGGCCACAUUGCUGGCUUUCAGACGAGCAGCUGCCGCUAGAGUCGGACAAGGCGACAUACAGGGAGUGGAACAAAGACUGUUGCUGAUAUCGCACUGAUCCAGCAUACGGAGUAGUUCAGAUGAUGAAGGACCACCAUCAGUUUUUACUACGGAUUUAAAAAUAUUAAUGUAUAUUAUGUUAAUAGGGCGGGGUAUAAUUUCUUACCAACAUCAGUCUUAUAACAGAGAUCCAGAGCAGUAGUGAGGUCCCACAUUUGUAUGGAACCAUUAGAGUGGCCAGUAAAUAUGAACCUACGUGGUCUGGAACCCAUACGACUGGAGCCUUCGCAUUCGUGCACGCAAAAUGCGCUAACGGUACUGUUAUCUACAGCUUUUAUCGUACAUACCCUUUUUCCGUUACUUGCCAGCCUGACAAAUAAUUGGUCAGCAUCUGGUACCACUUUCUGAACGAACACCUUUAAAACAAUAAAAAUACAUUAUUCUAUCGCGAAUGGUAAACUAUCAUUUAAUCGACUCAAAACUCGUUGUUAAAGUAACACUUUAUUCGAAGUAGUGAAAUCGAACAAUUUUUACCCACUCAUAUGUCAAUUUUACCCACUCAUACGUCAAUUUUACCCACUUGUUCAAAUCUUUUGAAAUAAUUAUAGUGUUUUUGACAGAAAUCUGGUUAUGUUGCAUGAUUGACAACACCAGAAAUGUGUCAGUUUGUUAGGUACUUUGUCAACUUGUCAUAAUCUAUGUAAAAUUUUAGCACAUUUUAGUUUAUGAUUUUAGUAAUUGUGUAAUAAAUAAAAAGUUGCUCAAGAAUAAAAUAGAA